AUGAGAAGGGAGAACCUGAGCAGCGUGUCCGAGUUCCUCCUCCUGGGGCUCCCCAUCCGGCCAGAGCAGCAGGCUGUGUUCUGUGCCCUGUUCCUGGUCAUGUACCUGACCACCGUCCUGGGGAACCUGCUCAUCAUCCUGCUCAUCAGGCUGGACUCCCGCCUCCACAGCCCCAUGUACUUCUUCCUCAGCCACUUGGCCUUCUCUGACAUUUCCCUUUCCUCUAUCACAGUUCCAAAACUUCUGGUGAAUAUUCAGGUUCAGCAGCAAUCCAUCUCCUGUGAGGGGUGCAUUUCUCAGAUGCAUUUUUUUGUUCUGUUUGGCUGUCUUGACAAUUUUCUUCUUGCAGUGAUGGCCUAUGACAGGUAUGUGGCUAUCUGUCACCCACUGCACUAUGUUGCUAUCAUGAGAGAGGAGCUGUGUGUCUUGUUAGUAGCUGGGUCCUGGUUUUUCUCUUUUGCCCAUGCCCUGUUGCACACUUUUCUUUUGGCCAGACUGUCCUUCUGUGCUGAAAAUAUUAUUGCCAACUUCUUCUGUGACCUCACUGCUCUCUUGAAGGUGAGUUGCUCAGAUGUCUCCCUCAAUGAGCUGGUCAUCUUCACCGAGGGAGGAAUGCUUUUCAUCUUGCCCUUGAGUAGCAUUCUGGGCUCUUACAUCCGUAUAGGAAUCACUGUCCUAACGUUUCCUUCUACUAAGAGAGUCUAUAAAACCUUUUCUACCUGUGGUUCCCAUCUCUUUGUGGUGUCUUUAUACUAUGGGACACUUGCAGGAGUCUACUUUUUCUCUUCAUCGCGAAAUUCCAGUGACAAGGACAUAAUUGCUUCUGUCAUUUACACAGUAGUUACACCCAUGCUAAAUCCUUUCAUUUACAGCCUGAGGAACAAAAAUAUAAAACAAGCCCUAGAAAUGUUUGUCUACAAGGUCAAUUUCCAUAAGUGACAUUUAUUUCACUUAUUUCACUCAUGAGCUCUGUGAAGUCCGUGUCCUAAAAUUAUCAUGUAGUUGACAACUCCAUCUAGGUUUACAGUGAUUGUACUCUGUUUUUAUGUUCAGCACUCUUACUAGGCAGAUCGAGUUUGUUAAGUGGCUUCUUAUAUCUUUUCUGUUCUUAAUCAAUGUUUGCUUAUUUAUCAUAUACAGUAAGAUGUAUAAAAUUGUAAACAAAACAUGGUGAACCAUUAUAGUUGUGGAUUUGUCCUUUUCUCCUUUUAGGUAUGUCAUGUUUUAAUUAUGUAUCUUUUAAACUUUGUAAUGGGAGACAAUCAGUUUAGCACUAUGAUUUAUUUUUGGUGGGUGACUUUUUGAUGUAGGAGUGUGCUGAAGUGGGCUAAGUUCACUGAGAUUAUUCCUUCCCAGGUGCACAGUUAUGACAAUUGUGUUGGUGGCUAGAAAUCAGCCGUCCUGAGAAUACUGACACCAUGGAGCUGUUAAAUCUUACAGACAUUCAUUAUUUAUUUGGCAGGACACCAUUACAUUUAGAAAUAGAUAUUUCACUUAGUUUUUAUUAGUGGCUUCUACUUUAGUAUCUCAUCUACUUUUGAUAUUAGCAUAGAUACACAGUUAUUCUAGGAUUAGUGAGUACAUAUGAUUUCUUUUCUGUCAUUUUACUUGAAUUUUUCUAUGUUCUUAUAUAUGUGAAAUAAAUGUUCAUUGUAAACAAUAUAAAGUUCAUAUGUACAUUGUUACUUUCCUGGGAAACUUGCUAUACUGUAUUUAUAUUUAACGUAAUCAUGAUUCAUUUAAGCUUGUAUUUUCCUUCUCACUAUCUUUCAUUAGGACUUGUUUGUGGUGCAUAAUGAUUACAUUCUUGUGUGGAUUUUUUACAUGUACAGAAUACAUCUGAAUUCUUGUUUCAUCUACUCCCCCAAUAAAGAAAAAAUAAGUUUAUAUUUUCCAUAUUUUUGUUUUCUAGUUAGGACAGUUGUUUUACAUUUUUCUCUGUAUUUUAUUAACUAAAUAUGUCCUUUGUACUCUACUUCACCCCUACUAACUUACUUAAUCAUACGUUAUUAUUACUAUUUUUCUUUGUGGGUGCUUUUUUCUACUGAUUGCUUUUUGCUUCU